AAGAAGAUUGUACCAGAUAUUCCUUCGUUCAGGGAAGCUCCAGAAUUUCGCAAUGGCGACACAUGCAACCAAGAUAGGAUCCACAUUUCCAUGACAUUGGACUCAAACUACCUGAGGGGCACCAUGGCAGCAGUCCUCUCCAUUUUGCAACAUUCUGCAUGCCCAGAAAACGUUGAGUUCCAUUUCCUAUGGUCAAGGUUUGAACCCCAAGUGUUUUUUAGCAUCAAAUCCACCUUCCCUUACCUCAAAUUCAAGAUAUAUCGCUUUGAAGCCAACAGGGUACGUGGAAAGAUAUCGAAAUCCAUUCGCCAAGCGUUGGAUCAACCUCUAAACUACGCAAGAAUUUACCUAUCAGACAUACUCCCUGGCUAUGUUAAAAGGGUAAUCUACCUUGACUCGGAUAUUGUGGUUGUGGAUGACAUUGCCAAGCUUUGGGAGGUUGACUUGGAAGGCAAGGUACUUGCUGCGCCGGAGUAUUGCCAUGCGAAUUUCACAGAGUACUUCACAGACUUGUUCUGGAAUGAUCCUGUUCUAUCAAAGACAUUUGAAGGAAGGAAGCCUUGCUACUUCAACACCGGGGUUAUGGUGAUGGAUGUUGAUCAAUGGAGGGAAGGAAAGUACACACAAAAGGUGGAGGAGUGGAUGGCGGUUCAAAAGCAAAAGAGGAUAUACCAUUUAGGAUCAUUGCCACCAUUUCUUCUUGUUUUGGCUGGAGAAUUGAAGAGUGUAGAUCAUAGGUGGAACCAACAUGGGUUAGGAGGGGACAACCUUGAAGGUAAAUGUAGGAGCCUCCAUCCUGGCCCUAUUAGUUUGCUUCAUUGGAGUGGGAAAGGUAAGCCUUGGUUGAGAUUGGAUUCAAGAAAGCCUUGUACUGUGGAUCAUUUGUGGGCACCCUAUGAUCUCUAUCGUCCAAAUAUUCAUCACUUUGAAGAAUGA